CGCCAGCGCAACAUGGGCGCCGUCAAGCGGAAAGCAGAGCAGGGCGCCACGCCAUCCAACAAGGCCAAGAGCGCAUCCAAUGGCCGCUCGGCCAAGCGCCGCAAGUCGGACGUCGACCAGCAGUCACCCGCCAAGUCGAAGCUGCCUCAGAGCGCUGCUCCCCAGGCCAGCGUGUUCAAGGACGAGGAGAAGAAGUCGUUUCCCCGAGGAGGCGCCAGCGUCCUGACCCCUCUCGAGCACAAGCAGAUCCAGAUCAAGGCCACCCAGGAUGUCCUCUUCGAGCAGUCGGGACAGAAGCGCACCGGCGGCGGCGGCGGCGGCGGCGACGACGAAGACGGCUACAGCGACAUGGGUUCUGACGACGACGCAAAGGCCGCGCCCAAGUCGAAGAAGAAGCAAUUCAAGAAGAGCAAAAAGACGCACGAGAGCGGAGACAAGGAGGACGUGGUAAAGGUCGAGGGUCUCAGCUACAAGAAAUUGUCGCCUGGAACCAUUGUUCUUGGCCAGAUUACCGACAUCUCACACCAAGACAUUGUGCUUGCCCUCCCCAACAACCUCGUCGGCUAUGUUCCUCUUACCGCCGUGUGCGACAAGCUCAACGAGAGGCUAGAGAAGCUUCUCAAGGAAGAAGACGAGGAAAAACCAGACGGAAGCGACGACGAUGCAUACGACGAUGUUGACCUCAAGGACCUCUUCUCCGUGGGCCAGUACUUGAGGGCAUGUAUCACCGCAACAAGCGACGAGAGCGCAAAAGCAAGGAAGCGACUGGAGCUCUCCAUCGACCCCAAGCUGGUCAACAAGGGUCUGGCCAAGCGAAAAAUCCCCGUCAAUGGCAUGAUACAAGCUUCUGUCGUGAGCAAUGAAGACCAUGGCUUGGUCAUGGACUUGGGUUUGAACGACGCCACAUUGAAGGGCUUUUUGCCCAAGGGUGAACUGGGUCCAACGGUGCAGCAUGCAAAGGUCCAAGAGGGAGCUGUUUUCAUGUGUCUGGUUACAGGCCUAAACUCUGAUGGGCGCAUCAUCAAGCUUUCCGCAGACCACACCAAAGCAGGCAAUCUGACCAAGGGCAACACCUUGACAGACGCUCCUACUAUUGACGUCUUCCUCCCCGGAACAGCAGUCGACCUUCUUGUCACCGAGGCCACACCAAACACCAUCACGGGCAAGAUCUUGGGCUUGGUAGAUGCGACCGCGGAUGCCUACCAUUCCGGAGCUACUGAAAAGGCUGCCAACGUGUCCCAGAAGCACAAGAUUGGAUCCAAAGUAAAGGCUCGUGUUCUGUUCACCUGCCCCGGCUCAGAGCCUAGAAAGGUCGGCGUGUCUUUGCUAGAGCAUGUGGUUGGACUCUCUACUCGCAUGUCUGGAAAGCCCAAGGAGCGCAAGCCCCCGAUUGACCUCCUCCCAAUCUCCACCAUUGUGGAGAGCGCAAAGGUCGUCAAAGUGGCACAAAGUCAAGGGGCAUUCUUCGAUCUCGGUAUCAAGGAUGUCGUUGGCUUUGCUCAUAUCUCUCGACUCUCUGACGACAAGGUCGAUAUCCUCUCCGAAGAAGCUGGCGACUUCAAGCUCGACUCGAAGCACAAGGCAAGAGUUGUGGGCUACAAUGCGCUUGAUGGCCUUUUUCAGCUUUCUCUCGAGAAAAAGGUCCUUGACCAGCCUUUCCUCCGCAUUGAGGACAUCAAGCCUGGUGAAGUUGUCAAGGGCAAAGUGCACAAGCUCAUUGCUGAUAAGACCGGAGCCACCGCUGUCCUUGUCCGCCUGGCCGAUGGCAUUACUGGUCUAGUACCAGAGAUGCAUUUGGCCGAUGUCCGAUUGCAACACCCAGAACGCAAGUUCAGAGAAGGUGUGCCAGUCACAGCUCGCGUACUCUACACCGAGCCUGCGAGACAUCAGAUCCAGCUUACUCUCAAGAAGUCAUUGGUAAACUCGGACGUAAAGCCCUGGACAAACUACGAAAUGGUUUCCGAAGGCGCCACUGGUCCUGGUAUCCUGGUCAGCGUCCGCCGUAAUGGUGCAACCGUCCGAUUCUACGGCGAUGUGAAAGCAUGGCUUCCAGUUGCAGAAAUGAGCGAAGCAUUCAUCGAUGAUGCUACGCGACAUUUCCAUGCCGGCCAAGUCGUCAAUGUGCGCGUCCUUUCAGUCGACGCAAAGGAACGCCAUCUCCUCGUGUCCUGCAAAGAUCCUGCUGCUGUGGAUACAAUCAAGGAAGCAGCCUUCAAUGCCCUCAAUCCUGGUGGCAUCGUCAAGGGAACAGUGGUCGAAAAGUCUGACGAGUCGGUCACUUUGGAUAUUGGCAGUGGUGUCAAGGGUGUCCUUCGCUUGGGCCAUCUGACCGACGGAUCAGAGAAGAAGGACGUCUCCACAAUGAAGAAGAUUCGCGUAGGCGGAACACUGGAGGACCUCGUGGUUCUUACCAAGCAUGGAAAGUCCAAAACAGCGACCGUGUCCAAUAAACCCAGUCUCCGGAAAGACGCCCAGGCCUCAAAACUUGCCAUCAGCAUCGAGGAUCUUCAGGCGGGCGAGACUGUACAUGGAUUUGUACGUGGCAUUCUCCCUGACAAGGCCUUUAUCGAGCUUGGAAAUGGUAUAAGUGGUGCCUUGUUCAAGUCGCAGAUGCCAGAAGACAUGGUCUCGGCGCCCAACUUCGGACUCCGAAAGGACGAGUCCGUCACUGCUCGUGUGACACAUGUAGACACCGGAAAGGGACUCUUUUGGCUGUCGAUGAAGGCCGAGUCGGACGUGGAUUCAGCAAAGGCUACCGCUGCCCCUCCAGUACAACCGGGAGAGCCGCUGGUCAACCCAGUCGACCCUAAACUGUCAUCGACCGAUGACAUCAAGUUUGGUACUUUGGUAACCGUCCGGAUCCGCUCAAUCAAAGAUACCCAACUCAAUGUCGAGCUUGCGUCAAACGUUCCAGGUCGUAUCUCUGUCUCGGAAUUAUUCAAUGACUGGGAUAGCAUACCUGACAAGAAGCACCCAACCGCGCAUUUCAAGAUGAAUGAGACCAUUCAGGCCCGCGUUUUGGGAAGACAUGAUCCUCGCAACUUCCGUUUCCUGCCCAUUACAUCUCGAUCGAGCAACAAGACGACCACCUACGAAAUGACUGCAAAGACCGAAGCGAUCAAGAACGAGGCUGAUGUAUCGAGCCUUGAGAAGAUUGCCGUUGGAUCGUCUCACAUCGCCUUCAUCAACAACAUUGCCGAGCGAUAUGUUUGGGUGAACAUUUCGGCCAACAUCCGCGGACGCAUCGACUUUUUCGAUUUGACCGACGACCUGGAGAAGCUAUCUGACGUUGAAAAGAACUUUCCCGUGGGCUCUGCUCUUAAGGUCCGCGUCAAGGCAGUGGACGUUGCAGCUGGAAAGCUAGACUUGACAGCCGCAUCCACAGUGACUGGUAAAGCACUCACUCUCCAAGACUUGAAGGUUGGCCACGUUCUGCCUGCACGUGUGACUAAGCUGCACGACGCAUCGAUUGUUGUCCAAAUCAAUGAGAACAUCGCUGCACCCAUUUUCCUCGAGCAGCUCGCAGAUGACUACGACAAGGCCCAACCCAGCAACUUCAUGGUUGGUGACGUUUUGCGAGUAUGCAUCAUUGACAUCGACCUCCCAAACAAGAAACUAGGACUAUCAGCUAGGCCUUCCAGGGUCCUAAGCUCUUCGUUGCCAAUCAAGGAUCCUGAAAUCACCGACCGAUCUCAGCUCAAGGUGAACCAAGUCGUUCGUGGUUUUGUCAAGCAUGUUGCCAACAACGGAGUCUACGUUCGCCUAGGUCCGCAUGUUGAAGCCUACGUUCGUGUUAGCCAUCUCUCCGACGAAUACAUCAAAGAGUGGAAGGGCGCUUUCCAUGUUGACCAGUUAGUCACGGGCAAGGUCAUCUCGAACAAGGAGGACCAACGCAAUCCCCAGUUGAGCUUGAAGACGUCCAUCAUCAAAGGUGACUACGUCGAGCCCAUUGAAUUCAGAGAUCUCAAGGUUGGCCGAAUCGUCACUGCCAAGGUCAGGCAUGUAGAGGACUUUGGCGUCUUCCUCGUUGUUGACAACUCAAACAACGUCAGCGGUCUUUGCCACAUCUCCCAAAUAGCGGAUGCCACUGUCGACAAGGAGAAGAUCAGGGAAAUGUACAAAAAGGACGAUAUUGUCAAGGCCAAAGUCAUCAAGAUCGAUCCCAAGUCGCGAAAGGUCAGCUUUACAUUGAAGUACUCCCAGGUCAAGAGCGAGACAGAAGAUGAGGAUAUGGACGAUGCCUCGGACGUUGAGGACGGGGACUCUGAGGGAGGCAUUGAGCUCGGCGAUGACGUUGAUAUGAGGAGCGUCAAGAGCGCCGAAAGCGACGACGAUAUCGAGCUUGCAGACGCGGCUGAUUCUGAGGACGACUCUGACAAUGACGAGCCAAAGGCAAGUGCGCAGAGUCUCAGCACUUCUGGCUUCGACUGGACAGGCGCUACUCUCGACUUUGACCAGGAAAAGAAUGCAGCUGAAUCAGAAUCGGAUGACAAUGCUCCCAAGAAGAAGAAGAAAAGCAAGAAGGCCACCAUCAAAGAGGAUCGCACCGGCGAUCUUGAUGCGUACGGCCCUCAGUCCAAUGCUGACUAUGAGCGCCUACUCCUCGGACAGCCAAACAGCGCCGAGCUAUGGGUACGCUACAUGGUGUUCCAGCGCGAGCUCAAUGAGAUUGAGAAAGCGCGCCAGAUUGCUCGUCGCGCGUUGGCCACCAUCAACCCGCGCGAAGAGAAGGAGAAACUGGAUGUGUGGACCGCGUUGUUGCAUCUGGAAAACGACUUUGCUAGUGACGACGCAAUCACCAGCGUCUUCAAGGAGGCCUGCCAGAACAAUGACGCUCGUGAGGUACACGAGCGAAUGAUCAAAAUUUACAUCUCCUCGGGCAAGAUCGACAAAGCCGACCAGCUCUACCAAUCCAUGAUGAAGAACAAGUCUUUUACACCUGACCCCAAGUUCUGGCUCUCGUACGCCACUUUCCUCAUGGAUGUCGUCCAGCCCCCCUCUCCGACGCGAGCCCGCGCCCUCCUCCAACGCGCCACGCAAUCGGUUGCCGCCCCUCAACACCGGUAUCUCACGCAAAAGUUUGCCGCGCUAGAAUUCAAGUCGCCCAACGGCGAUACCGAGCGCGGCCGAACCAUCUUCGAAGGUCUCGUCGACACCUUUGCCAAGAAGGGCGAUGUCUGGGACAUGUACCUCAUGCUGGAGCAGAGCCACGGCGAGCCCGACAAGGUGCGCGAUUUGUUCGAGAGAAUGACAAAGGUCGGCAAGGCGUCGAGGAUCAGGAGCGUCUUCAAAAAAUGGGCCGAGUGGGAGAAUAGCGUGGCGAAUAACAAGGGUGUGGAAAAAGUAAAGAGGCUGGAGGAGGCGUGGAGGGAGAAGAGAGCUGCGGACAAGGAAGAUGAACAAGAGUAACUGUG